AUGGGAGAUAACGCUGGCAGCUCGGGUAGCAACCCCGUGAUUUCCAUCGGAAACAUUCGCGGAUUCGGGGGCUGCGACUAUGGAUCAUUUCGAAUGUCCAACGAGUUCUUAGGAUGGAAAAAUAAACAAACGAAUAGCGUAUACCAGUACAAGUGUAGCGACAUAAGUGAAGCGGAGUGGAUAAAAACAGGCUACAACAACAACAGACUACACAUAAAAUUCAAUAAGCAGAAGGACAAUUUGAUCAUCUUUUUCGACGGAUUCCCUGAUAGAAAUAUUUCAGAAAUAACGCAACAUUUUCAGAAAUACUUUAAUCUGAGAUUAGCUAGUAGGAAGAUAGCCACGAAGGGAUGGAACUGGGGUGAAUUCAAGUUAGAAAAUACGAACAUAAACUUCGACAUAGACAACAAGUAUGCAUUCAGUAUUCCAACGAACAGUAUCAAUCAACUGAAUGUUCAGAUAAAAACGGACAUAGCGAUGGAACUGAAAAAUGAGGAUUAUAAAAAAACGAAUGAAGACUUUCUAUCAGAAAUACGUUUCUGUUAUCCACACGAAAAUGAUGAAAAUAAACAUUUUCAAAAUUUUAAAAAUGACUUACUAGAAAAAGUAAAUAUAGGAGACUCUAAAAGUGAAUGCAUUGCUUCCCUUGCAAAUAUUCCUCUCCUCGUCCCAAGAGGAAGAUACGAAAUCGAAAUGUAUCCAAAGUCGUUCAAGCUACAUGGAAAAUCCUACGAUUUUACCGUUCAGUAUACUAAUAUAAAUAAAAUGUUGCUAGUCCCCAAAAGUAACUCCAACCAGUACGUUUUAAUCUUUAGCCUAAAUAAUAAAAUGAAGCAAGGACAAACUGAGUACCCAUUCAUUUUGGUUCAACUCAAUAACGAUGACGACAUGGAGUUGGACAUCAAUGCAAGUGAAGAAGAUCUGAAAAAAUAUAAAUUGGAGAAAUCUCUCUGCGGAAGAGCAUAUGAAGUAAUUCCUAGACUCUUUUCUGCUCUUGUUAAAAAGAAUGCCAUCAUUCCAGGAGAUUUCAGAACAGCAAAAAAUGAACAUGGUAUUACAUGCAGCUAUAGAGCAGCAAGUGGACAACUUUACCCCCUAAAUAAAUACUUUCUUUUUAUUGUAAAACCCGUCAUUUUAAUCUCCUUUGAUGACAUUGUAACACUCACUUUCCAGAGAACGGGUAACAUAAACCAACACCGUUUCUUCUCUGUUAUCAUAAAACACAAAAGAGGAAUGAGUUAUGAGUAUACCAACAUAGACAAAAGUGAAUACCUCCCUUUGCUGGAAUUUCUAAAAAGUAAAAAUAUACACAUUCAGGAUGAUGCCAAUGUUGCUGAUAAAAAACAGGACUUCGGCGAUGAACUCUCCGAAUCGGAUGAGGAGGAAUACGUUGCCGAUGACGAUGAUGACGACGAAGAGGAUUACGUCGCAGAAGAGGAGGAGGAUGACGAUGAUGAUGGUAGUGAUGACGAUGAGGAGGAAGAGGAGGAAGAAGAAGAAGAAGACGAUGAUAAGUAG